AUGAAGUCUGUCAUCGCUGCCAUCGCUGCCAUUGCCGCUACCGUCGUCUCUGCUCAAAACAUUGUUUCCAGCCAACCCUCCACCAACCAAGUCCUCACUGCUGGUACCACUGCCAACAUUGUCUGGGCUCCUGUUGACGGCACCAUCUCCACCAUUGACCUUCGUCAAGGUGCUGCCUCUGCCCUCACCCUUCUCCAAAACAUUGCCACCAACGUCCCUGCUUCUACUGGCUCUUACUCUUGGAACAUCCCUGCUACCAUCCCCGCUGGUACCGAUUAUGCUCUUUCUUUCGGUCAAAGCCCCAACGUCACCUACACUCCCUUCUUCACCAUUAAGGCUGCUGCUGGUGGCGCUGCUUCUUCCGGUGCUGCCUCCUCUGGUGCUGCCUCUUCUUCUGCUGCCCCCGCCUCUAGCGCUGCUUCCGCUGCUAGCUCUGCUACCAGCAAGGCUUCUUCUGCCGCUUCCUCUGCCACCAGCAAGGCCUCCUCUGCUGCCUCCUCUGCUGCCUCCGCUACCACCACUCCUGCCGCUUCUGCUGGUAACAAGAACAUGGCCGCUGUUGGUGCUGCUGCCGUCGCUGGUGCUGUUGUCGCUGCUUUGAUCUAA